GCGAACUGCACACUCAUGAACUAUAUGCAGCCAUGAGGCGGUAUAGUUCCUCUGGUGUACCUUAUAUGCUAAAUGCUAUUGCCUCUGGUGUACUUUAUAUGCCAAAUGCUAUUGCGGCCAUGAGGCGGAUAGCCUCUUUGCAAUAA